GCUGUCCAUCCUGGGCUCCCUCAGGUAUGCAGCUGCACCACCGCUGAACAUACAGGUGUUACUGAGCUGUUUUCCUGAUCCUGUCUCAGGAUGUUUCACUGGAUGGUGAAGGUGGUUCCUCAGCCCCCUGACGCCCCUGGUUCUCUGGGAGAGGAGACGGCCAAUCCCGCACCAAGAAACGUGUCUAAAGAUGACGUGAAAAAAGUCAAGGCACAACCAGCCAAACAGAAGGAAGAUGAUAUUUCUGAGAACAGUAUUCAGAGUGGAGUGAUGUCCUGGCUCUCCAAUGGAUUCACAAGUGCUCUUCCUCAACCAGCAGGCACACCUAACCUCAGCAGAUCCAACUCUGUAUCCAAGUCACUGCAGGAUGAUGAAAGGAAUGGGGUGAUUAAGUGGAUUGCAGAUGGACUGAGUAAAGUGGUACCCCAGCCAGAUGAAAAGUACAGAGAGGAUAAUCGAGAGGAGGAGGAUGAAACAGAGGUUUAUAACAUGAAAGAUGUGCCGGACGCAGAGCCUCUCCCACAUAUACCUGUGGUGGAGAUGUUUUCAGAAUAUGAGGAAGAGGAUCAGAUACCACAGUUCCCCCGCAAUGUGGUUAACUGGAUUAAGAAUGCUAUUCCUCAGCCUGUGAUGCUCCCUGCAGGCUACAUAGAGGCCCUAAGUAAGGCGCAACAGGCCCAGGUUCUCUCACCAUCUCCGGAGUCCCUCAAAGGAGAUGAGGACUCACAGAACUCAAAUGUCGUGGGCUGGUUCGUGACGGGCCUCGGCCUCAAGUUGCCACAGCCUGUCGCGAGAUCCAGAGAUGAUGUUGAAGUUCUGCCGAAUGGGGGGGUAGGAGCGCUGAGAUCCCCUUAAACAAAAGGAGAAAGAAGACUGAGGAACCAUGAGAGAGACUGACACUGAGAGCAAAGAGAUAGAGGCAGAAAAACAGACUUACCGACAUAGAUGAUUGUCGACAUUUAUACAGCUCCACUGAGCAACCUGGCAGCUGUGAGACACCGCUUAAAAAAUAUGUUUAAUUUACCUUACUCUUUAUGGAAUGCAGAUAUUUUUGUUUGAUUUUAAUUGUGUUUAGUCAAUGUAUUAAAAGGAACUGUUUGUCAGUUAAUGUCAGUUGUGUCGUUGAAAUGUCCUCUAUUUACCAAAUCAUGGGAGCAAACACACACACACACACGUCAGAGUUAGUUAUAAAAAUCCAUCUUUAAUUAUAUGAACUCUAUCACAAUCCUGUGACUCUCAGAUAAAUUCAGUGUCUCCCAGUGAAUUCUCUGAGAGACCCCUUACAAUGCAACUGAGUUCCUUUAAUAGCAAAGACACACAUAGUCAGACAACAUAGACAUAAUUCAUCGUUCAGCUUUGUCUCCUUUCCCAAACCCCAGAACCAUAAACCAAUCCUCCAAAUCAACAGGCAUAUAUCAAAUUGUCAUUUAGAUACAACCCACUCUAAAUACAAACUCCUGGACAAACUCACGGAGAGGAGAAUGAGGCUAUAGGUUAAGAUAAAAGCAACAUUAGAGGGAGCAUAGAAUGAUUCCAGACACUGCAACCCUUUUUUCCCCACUAGAAAAAGGUAGGGAGUAAAAGAUAUGUUUACACAUGAUGACACUUUCAUGGUCUCCCCUCUAUGUAGCCCAUGCAACUUAGUCCUGACAUAGAACAGAUAACUGCCAAUGGCCACCACUAUAGUACAACAAAAUACAUUCUUAUGAGAAAUAACUCAUAAGCAUAUCAUGAAAAUAACACAUCUUAUCUAUGUUACUCAACUAAUUCUGAUAAUUCCACAACAGUUGUUCAACUCUUGUCGAUAUGUAGCAAGAAAUGGGUCUUGUCUUCAUUGUAGUAAUAUUUGAAGUCAUUUGGAUGCAUUAAGAGAUUAAGUAUAUUAGAAAAUACAUACAGACACAAAGAGCUAUGAGGCAACAUUGUGACUCAUAGUUUGUGUACAUUAAAUAUACCAUAUUAAACUACUUUUUUGAAGGUAAAGAUUAUUGCUGCCCUGAAAAGCUAACACAAAAACCACUUAAUCAUAUUGUACAUGUUUUCCCUCGUGACCUAUUCUUAUCGCCUUGAACUAUGAAUGUGGCCUAAAGUUGUAAUUAUGUUUAUUUUGAUAAUUUUUGGAAUGAAAUCCACAAAAGAGGAUUUGACAAACAGAGUCAAGGGAGUCAAGUUAUUACAAAUAAGUUGAUAAAUGAUGGCAUCAUGCCUAAAAAGUAUCCCUGACAUUAUAAUAACGUGUUGUGAAAUAUAAAAAAAUAAAAAUAAAGAUGGCCUCCCGGGUGGCACAGUGGUCUAGGGCACUGCAGUGCUAGCUGUGCCACCAGAGACUCAGCCGGCUGCGACCGGGACGUCCAUGGGGCGAUGCACAAUUGGCCUAGCGUCGUCCGGGUUAGGGAGGGUUUGGCCGGUAGUGAUAUCCUUGUCUCAUCGCGCACCAGCGACUCCUGUGGUGGGCCUGGCGGAGGACGCAUGGCUUUCGACCUUCGUCUCUCCCGAGCCCGUACGGGAGUUGUAGCAAUGAGACAAGAUAGUAACUACUAACAUUUGGAUACCACAAAAAAUUGGGGAGAAAAGGGGGUUAAAAAAAGUUUAAAAUAACUAAAUAAACAA